CAACACCAGAAGAUAUAAAAGUAGCCCUGCUUUUCUUAUUUUUACAACAGACAUCGGUAUUUCAAACGCACGAGUUAGUUUUCCGAUCCUGCAAAAAUGAAAUCGUUUAUCUUCGUCGGCAUCCUCACAGUUCUGACUGUCGUUCUUUCGGCACCAUCAAUGCAAGGUGAACACUGCAAUUAUAAUGGACAGAUACAUCAAGUCAACACAAGCUUCCCGUCCUAUGAUGGCUGCAACACGUGUUUUUGUCAAGGUCAAGAUGUGGUUGCCUGUACACUGGUUGGUUGCGUUAGCAUUGAAAUCUGCCACUACAACGGUCGAGUGUACUAUGUUAAUGAUUCAUUUCCUUCUUAUGACAAUUGUAAUACGUGCUACUGCCAAGCAUCAGAAAGAGUGGCUUGUACAUAUAGAGACUGUGUGCCUACCAAUUACUUCCCAUCAUCAAAUAGAAAUUGAGAAAAAUGAAAUGAUAAAGUGCUUGCACAUUAAUUUGCAAAAGAAACAAACAGUUUGAAUAACUACAUUAUAAUUAAACAAUGACAAAUUUGUUUUAAUUCAUUAGAUAAUUAAAUUUGAUUAUAUCAGCAUA